UCCUCGAAGUCGACGGUCUACCAAUCCUAGCCCUCACCGGCGAUUAAUUUAACGCUUCCAGAACGAGGAGGUUUCCCAGUCAAGUGUUUCGCCGUCUUCUUUCUGAAGGCCGAGAAAGACGAGAGAGCGAUUGCGAUCAGAUCUCUCCAACGGAGAUGGCGAUUUCUGGUUUUGGCCGCGGAGUAGCGGUGUAUUUCAUUCUACAGCUAGUGGUGGCGGCGGUAAUGAUUUCUCCUGCGACGGCGGAGAUCCGCGAGACGAAGGUGAUAUCCGAUGCCAGAACGAUCAUUCCCUUCGAUGAGUUCGGAUUCACUCACACCGGUUUCCUCGAGCUCAAUGUCUCCGGUAUCUCCCUUUCCGAUACCGGCGCCGGUCUCGAUCUCUCUCAAUUAGGGUUCUUUCUCAGCACUCUCGACGCCUGGAUUCAUGUUCUGCAGCAGAUUCAGGAACUGGAUGUCACCUGUGCUCUUCAAUCGGAUCUUCUCGAGGUUGUUUACACCUUUGACCGGCUCCAAGCCGCCUCCUCGAACGGUCGCGCGACCAGCUUUAGCUCCCUCUUUAACGUAACGAAACCGGGGCAAUACACCCUUCUCUUCGCCAACUGCCUCCCCCAGAUUCGCGUCUCAAUGUCCGUACACUCUGCCAUGUACAACGUCGAGCCUCGUUCCGGCCGCAGGGUCUACCUAUCGGCCGGGUCAGCCGUCCUUCCCUUCGUUUACUUUAUUUUCUUUCUCGCAUACUGUGGUCUUGCGGCACUUUGGAUCUCUGUUUUGGUUCGCAAGCGGCUGACCGCUUACCGGAUCCACUACUUCAUGCUCGCUGUUGUCAUCCUUAAGGCGCUUAAUCUUGUCUGCGAGGCUGAAGACAAAUCGUAUAUUGAGCGAACUGGCAGUGCCCAUGGAUGGGAUGUUCUCUUCUAUAUAUUUAGCUUCUUGAAGGGGAUAUCUCUUUUCACUCUUAUCGUUUUGAUUGGAACUGGUUGGUCCUUCCUCAAACCAUAUCUGCAUGGCAAGGAGAAGAAGGUUCUCAUGAUAGUAAUACCUCUCCAGGUCGUUGCUAACAUAGCUCAGGUGGUGCUAGAUGAAUCUGGACCUUAUGCCCGAAAUUGGGUUACGUGGAGACAAGUUUUCCUUCUUGUUGACGUCAUUUGCUGCUGCGCAAUUCUCUUCCCUAUUGUCUGGUCCAUUAAGAAUCUAAGGGAGGCUGCAAGAACAGAUGGAAAAGCUGCUAUUAACCUGAUGAAGCUUACACUUUUCCGACAAUACUAUGUUGUAGUCAUCUGCUACAUCUACUUUACCCGGGUUGCGGUGUAUGUACUGGCUACAAUUACAUCUUAUCGAUAUCUUUGGACUACUGUGGUUGCAGGGGAGCUGGCCACCAUUGCUUUCUAUAUAUUUACUGGAUACAAGUUCAGGCCUGAGGUCCACAAUCCAUACUUUGUGAUUGAUGAUGAAGAGGAGGAGGCAGCUUCUCAGGCUUUCAAGCUUGAGGACGAAUUUGAAUUGUGAUUUUAGGAAUAAACGGUGAUUAGGAAUUGAAAUUCUUUUUUUUUCACAGGAUUUAUGAUCGUGUACAAUUACACUCCAAUGGGAAGCCGCAGCAUCAUGUAGUCUUUAUAUUGUUUUGAUUUUCUUACCCCUCUUUCUCUACUUCAUAGAAGACUCUUUUUUAAAUUCUCCCAUGGAACUUAUAUUUGGUCUUGUAUAUCCUGUAUUAAUGCUUUCUUCAUGAUGCAUUUUGAGCUUUACUGUCUA